AUGACACCUAUCCAUUAUGCCUGCUCGUCAUCUUACUUUAUAGGUCUUGUAGGCCUAGUAUUAUAUCGAACACAACUCCUAUCUGCACUUCUAUGCUUAGAAGCUAUAAUGCUUAUCCUUUUUAUCUCUCUUUCCUUAUGAGCCCUUCAACUUAUAUCAACAAUAUUUGCUGCCUGCCCUAUAAUUCUUUUAGCUUUAUCAGCUUGUGAAGCAAGCGCAGGACUUGCCCUUUUAGUUGCCACCGCCCGCUCACAUGGAAGCGGCCGACUUAAAAACUUAAGCCUCCUACGAUGUUAA